CUCUGCCAAUGUCAAUUAAAAAUUCAAGGCUCAAGUAGCUUUAAGAAAAUUUCAAGAUUUAAUGAUACCUAUAAGCCAUGCAGCGAAGAAACCUGUCAAAUAUCCCUAAAGCCCUAACAAGAAUCGAUUAUGAAAUCCCCGAACGGUAUCGAAACGCAUUUUAUUUAGCAAACGCUGCUUUUUUCGACAGCAGUAAUUGGUUCCUUCAUAGAGCCUACGAAGUUUAUUUUCCCGCUAUUAAAAAUUUGUUUAGACAAAACAUUGACGAAAAGGGCAUAAGUGAUGCAAAACUGCACAGCAAAGUGGAAAAUAUUGUCGAAAGUCUGGACCAAUGUAAUUCCAUUAUCGACGUAAGGUUUCCAAUAAGGCGAGAAAAUGGAAUGUUAAAAAUAAUCAGAGGAUUUAGAGCUCAUUAUGGCGAAUCUGUCCAACAUGCGCCAUGUAUAGGAGGCCUUAGGAUACACGAAAACAUUACCAGGGACCAUAUGAAAGCAUUAUCUUUACUUUUUGCAAUGAAAAACUCCUGUUUGGGGAUUGGUUUAUCAGGAGCAAUGGGUGGCAUCAAAAUAAAUCCUAAAAAUUAUUCAGAGAAUGAACUGAAAAACAUUAUUAGCCUUUAUAUAAAUGAAAUGCUUAAGAAAGGGUAUUGUAAUCAUGGAGAUAUUAUACAACCAGACAUUAAUACUGGAGAAAAGGAAAUGAAAUGGAUAAGUGACGCUUUCACUAAAUAUUCAGGACAACAUCAUCUUAAUUCCGCUUCCACAGGAAAACCUCUAGAAUCGGGAGGAAUCGAUAAUUAUUAUGACGCCGCUGCUAUAGGAGCACUUAAAGCCCUGGAAACUUUUAUUAAUAAUUCAGAUAUUACUACAAAGAUCAAUUGUACAAACACUGGUUUAGAUGAUAAACGUUUCAUAUUACAGGGUAUAGGAAAAGUAGGCAAAUGCUUAGGUCUCUUACUUGAAAAGAGCGGCGCUAUUUGCGUUGGUGUCAAAGAUGUGGAUGCAUACCUCUAUGAUUCCAAAGGAAUAGAUUUUAAAGAUCUUCUUAAACAUAAAGAGCAGCACGGUUCUAUCAAAAAUUUUGGACUCUCAAAAUAUGAAUUUCCAGAUUCAAUUUUUACAGAAGAUUGCGACAUCCUCGUUCUGGCCGCUUGUCAAAAAAGUUUAGCCUGUUAUGUUGCUAGGGAUGUUAAAGCUAAAAUAGUUUUGGAAGCUUCAGAUGGCCCAGUAACUCCUACCGCUCACAGAAUCCUAAUAUCAAAAUCAAAAUUAGUGGUACCAGAUAUUUAUGCAUCAGGUGGCUCCAUGGUAGCUUCAUACUUUGAAUAUCUAAGAAAUUUACAACAAAUUGGCCUUUCAGCAGAUAAUAUUUUAAGAUAUAGCAACGAACUUUACAAGACCAUGUUUGCUAAUAUGAACCAAAAUCAACAACAAAGACAAAUGAUGGGAGGAAUAUCUGGCGGCACACAGACUUCCAAUAUGUCACUUAUUAGCAGUAAUUUUAUUGAAAACUCUUUGGAUUGUGUCUAUAGCGAAGUUGGACAGGAAAUACUAAAACACCUCGAUUUGUACAAACUGGGAGUUGAUGCUAAAACAGCUGCUUACACAGUGGCAAUUCAAAAUGUUUUCAAGUCAAUUCUCAAGCAAAAAAGACUAAUUUGACUGCAUAAAAUGAAGAACUUUUUUCAUGAAAUGUAAUUCUAAAUUACAUAAAUCAUUUUUUUGUACUUUCUUAAUAAAAUUAUGACUGGCACUGUUGAA